AUGGACGUAGAGAGCCAGGAAAGCAUUUGCUCCAGCAGCAAGUCAUUGUCCUGUACCGGUAGCCACCAUGACGGAUCUGUAGCAAAGCAUCCGCAUGACGGCCAUGACGGCCAAUCCUCGUCGACACCGCCGAAUCGGCCCAGAAUUGUCCAAGCAUGGAUUCAUUAUGGUGUAGCCGGUCGCAUGGCCCUGGAUGUGCUCUUGUGGUUGUCCAAUCCUCAGUUUUGGCAGGCUGCCACCAACAAUGGGACGUCGCCCUUUCUCAUUCGCAAUACUCUGAAUACUGUCAUUGGCCCACCUGAACACCAACUCUAUAAUGCCGAUCACUUGUUGACAGUCACGAUGGUGCUUGUAUCGGUGGUUGUUCCCAACAUCAUCGAGUCAUCUCUAUUGGCGGGCUAUCGAACUCAAAUGACACAACGAUGGCCCCAGCUGCUGGUCCACCACAUUCUCUUACUGGCAUGGGUGUUCCUGGUGUUGUUUGCUGGCAAGGGCAUUGUAGCCUCGCAAGCCAUCAUUUCAUUGACCCACUUGUUCUACUUGCCACUGGCAUUCUUCCCGCAUUGGCGCCAUUGGCAGUCAUAUUACCGGGUCGCUCUUUUGGCAAGUUUUGUCAUUGGUGGCUAUUUGCUCAGUUCUGCCAUCCACUUGUCAGCCUUGUUUCUGCUGUGGACAUCUCCCGUAAAACGGAGCUACAUGGGCAAUUCACAGUAUGCCUACUAUGUAGUUGGGUCCUAUCUUGUACUCUUCAACAUUGAGAUUAUUGCAGGUGUCGUCACUACUCUCCAUAAGAGGAGGCAGAAUUCCCAGCCGCAAAAUGUAGACGAGGAAGAGGCUGCCAAUGAAGCCGAACCAGAAACAAGUGAUGAUACGGAAGACAACUUGUCGGCUAUCCGGGAUGCCUGA